UCGUUAAUACCUACAUCAAUGAUGCCUGGCGGUAGUACUCCCCUUGCAGUAGUAGUUAGGCACCUUAUUUACUGCACGAGAGCCCCGGGAUCCAUCUUGUCCGUCAAACUUAAAAUGUUGGUGUAGUUUUCCACCUUAUUGAAAAAUUGGAUUUGUCAUCUUGGACUCUACUGAUAGCAUCGCCAUAAUGGAGACAGAUGGUUAGAAUAGCUGUGAAGUGUGCCAUUAAGGCUACACACGACACCACUGUAGGGAGAUGUAGACUGCCCGCGGCGAUAGGCAGCAUGCAGCAAUGAAUCUAAAUCUGAGUCGAUUGCCGUAAAGACCACAGAAUCCAGAGCUUACCCACAUAAUCUACAUCAUGACAGAACUAGACCCUUAUACAGCCAAUUUCAACAUCCGUCGCUGGACCGUGGAGCAGGUCAACUCUAACAAUGUGAGUGACAUCUGGGACCGGAUAUUGGACCUGGACGAGGAGUUUGACUCGUUCGUCCUUCACCCCUGGGCCUGGGUGGAGGCAGACCUGACCAUCCCCUUCUAUGUGUACCUGGUGCCCGUCCUGGCCGCGCUGACGCUGUGUUCGAACACUCUCAUGUUGGCGGUGUUCGUGAGGGAGAGGAUGUUCUCCUCCAUCAACCUCCUAAUGAUCGCUAUCGGCGUCUCCGACACUCUACACGUGAUCUUUCCCUCGCCUUUCUUGCUUGGGCUGUAUUUUUCGGAUGUAUCGCCGUUCAUUCCAAACCACCUCUGUCGGUUGUGGGAUUACCUUGCUAAAUAUAUACCGGAAAUCACGCACACGGCCUCAAUAUGGCUGACGGUUCUACUCAGCAUCCAUCGAUAUAUUGGGGUGUGUCACCCGUUUUAUAUCAGACAAUUCUCGACGAGAAAAAGAAGUUUGUUAUGUGUUUUGAUUGUGUAUAUUUUAUCGUCCACGCUCCAUUUCUGUCGAUUUAUCGAUACAACAUAUGUGGAUUUCCGCGUGGUUUAUGGAGAAAUGGAAAUUCACACGUGUAAGGCCGUGCACGCCGAUUGGAUCAAGGGUUACGAGGUGGUUUAUGAAUGCAUCUAUUACUGGAACACCAUCGUGUUCGUCAAAGUGAUCCCACUGUCUGUUGUCGUCACGCUGGAUUUCCUGAUGGCCAGGAAACUUCUCCGUGCCGACAAUAAACGGCAGCGCUUCCGGUCCGAGAACCAGACCAGCAAGGAGAGUCGGCGGGUGACGUGGAUAGUGAUCGCCGUGGCCGCCAUUUUCUCCUUGGUUGAAAUUCCCAUAACUGUCAUCCUUAUUCUUUGGACGCUGUCUAUGGUACACGACAAGAUGUAUGUGUCUGAGGUUCAGUUGGGGGAGCUAAGCGUCAUCUUCAACAUUAUCAUUUACAUAUCUUUUCCUUGCAUCUUGUUUUUAUACUGUCUAAUGAGCAAGAAAUUCCGGAAACAUUUACCAUGUGGGACUCUGCAGCUUAUUUUGGUGAGGAAGUUUCGAUUGACACCUCCAGAAAGUAUUGAAACCGAAUGCUGAGUUACUAACUGAAUGUGCUAACAGAUGUUGUGUGUGGUCAAAUGUUAAUUUAAUGGUAAA